CUUGAAAGGGGCACCGGUCUGUGCCCCUCCUGUUACUGCCGCCGCUGGUUGGCCCGCCGGCGGCUCGCGGUGGCGUAACCGAUGAAUACGAGCCGAGACUCCGGUAUAAGAUGUCGCGUCGCAGCUACCCAGGGAGCCAGCAACUUGACUUGAUCAGAUUGUUAAAAUGGCCACGCAGGAAAAUAUUCAACAUCUUAUCCAAAUUCGCAACGCUCGGCUAAAGGAAGCGUCGGAGGCGCGCGACGUAGAUGCGCUCAUGAAAUGGCAGGCCGCCGAUACCACAUUUAUAGACAAGAUGCAUGGCAUCGUCGUCUCUGGCUGGGACGCCGUCCGCGACCACUAUGCACAAAUCUACCUCGCCAUGCCGACGUUUCGCAUCCUCCAAUCCGAGACAACCGGAUAUACCCCCGAAUUCGUGGUUAGCGAGUUUGAGUGUGAGGCCGUUCCUGGCGCGGAUAUGCCGCAGUGGGGCGUAAAGAAAGGUGACGUCCUUCGAAUGAAGGCUGUUUCUAUGUUUUGGUGGCGAUGGGAAGGCAAAGGCGGGUGGAUGGGCGCCUUGGACGAUGAGGCUGUCAGUGGAUGGAAGAUUUAUAGAGAGAGGGUAUACGUUAUGCCGGGGUUGUGACCAUCUGCAGGCUAUCCUGUGUAAAUCAUCUAAACUGAUGUUUACGCAC